AUGAGUCUGAACUCUCAAAACACUGAAGUGAGAAAGUGAUGACUGAGUAGAAAAAAAGCAGAGCAACAUCAACACACAAACCAUUUAAUUAACCAAACAAACCCCAAAACUCGCAAGACUUUAAUUUCUCUUCUCCACUUCAUGUAGAAUAUCAUAAACCACUUACCAAUUAACUCCUCGACUCGUUUUCCAAACUCACCCGAGUUCAAACCGAGUCAUGUCGAAUCACCCUUCCGAAACCCCCGCCGACGAUUUCCUUGAGCAAAUUCUCGGCCUCCCAAAUUUCACUUCUACCGACGGAACCGACGCUUCUUCCUUAGCUGCUCCGAUGAUGCUGCAGCUCAACUCCGGCGACGCAGCUAACCACCUUGCUGCCGGAACAGGCUUUCAUACACCGGUCUAUCAUUUGGGCCUGAGCUUGGACCAGGGGAAAGGAGGGUUCUUGAAGCCCGAUGAUGCUUCUGGGAGUGGCAAACGCUUCCGUGAGGAUGUUGUUGAUACCAGACCUAAGAUGAAUACUUUUCAUGGGCAACCCAUGCCUACUACGGUUCCUACUGCUCCACAUCCACCGGCAAUGCGUCCUAGAGUGCGGGCAAGAAGAGGACAGGCGACCGAUCCACACAGCAUCGCUGAAAGGUUGCGCAGAGAAAGAAUAGCUGAAAGAAUCAGGGCUUUGCAAGAACUUGUUCCUAGUGUCAACAAGACAGAUCGAGCUGCCAUGCUGGAUGAAAUCGUUGAUUAUGUCAAAUUCUUAAGGCUUCAAGUGAAGGUUUUGAGCAUGAGUAGAUUGGGUGGAGCUGGUGCAGUGGCGCCACUGGUAACUGACAUACCAUUAUCGUCAGUCGAGGAAGAAGGAAGUGAUAGUGGAAGAAACCAACCAGCUUGGGAGAAGUGGUCUAAUGAUGGCACUGAAAAGCAAGUAGCUAAGCUCAUGGAAGAAAAUGUUGGGGCUGCCAUGCAGUUCCUUCAAUCGAAGGCACUCUGCAUUAUGCCCAUCUCACUGGCAUCAGCAAUAUACCAAUCACAACCUUCAGACUCCUCCAGUAUAGUAAAGCCUGAAACCACUCCUCCGUAGACAUGCUUCCAGUAAUUCAUGGUGCACCAUCUAGUGGUCCCAUUGAGAGCUCACCUACUACUUAUGGGACCCACAAGUUAUUUGUCUGCUCCUAAGUUUUAGUCAUUGAUUUGCAUUCAAAUAGGAUGCCAUAGUCCUUUCUUUUUUGCCGUUUUUUCAUCUUAUGUCAAUACAGGGUUCAGUGUCAAUACCUAUAAAAUUCAAGUCUAUCCUAUCUUGUCUUUGGCAAAUUUCUUGUAAAGGGAAAAUAAUUUGUCAAAGUUCAUUUGAUAUGCUCUUCUUUUUUGUAUCAAAAGGAUGGAGGUUAGUGGAACAUGAUUAGAUAGUGGAGUUUAGUUUUUGUAGUGGGUUGUGGGACCUUGUAAAAGGUUAGGGUGGUAUCCAUAAUUUUAUUAUCAGUGAUGUAACUCUAGAGGAUUUGAAAUGCGGAGGUGCAAUGGAUAAUGGUUGCUUUAAGAAUGGUGGUGUGGCAAGUCCAGCAGAAAAUGAUGGUGCUUUUUGUUUAUUCAAAAAGUAAAUUAGACUUCUUUUUAUAAUGGAAGGAGAGACGGAGUGAGAAGUAAUGUGCUCUCCUAACAAUUCAUAUCAAUCAAUAACCUAAAACCUAAUUCCUAGGGACGAAAAAUGUUCUCAAGGAGAGAUGGAGUGAUAAGUAAUGUUCUCAACUCUUGUGUGCAAUAUAGAUAUGAACGAAAAGAGUAUGUUUUUAAUAAAAACUGUCAGAAUUAUGUGGCUUGUUUGCUGAAUAUUGGAUUCGAUUGGGGGAGUGAUUUUUAUUACUUGUUUCCA